CUGUGUAUUUUAUGAACUUAUGUUACAAAAAUAUUAAAUCAUGUUUGACAUGUUUGCUGUAUACGUGUUUAAUAAAUUUACCAAAGGCACAUGGUAAAUUGUUACGUUUAUGAAGCAUCCUGUUUUGUAUUGUUUUGUUUUGUUCUGACAUAAAAGUCUUCACCAACUUCGAAAAACUUUGAAAAAAAAAGUUUAAAUUGAGUUAAAUUGUUAUUAAAAUGAUUCGAACGAUUUUAGAAUGCAAAUUAUUCAGUUCCACCAACUGUUUAUAUCGCCGCAUGUCGGUUUUUCCACCAGGAUAUGUUGAUUCGGUAAUGAAAAACAGACAGAAAGAAUUGAGCCCCGAAGAGUUGUAUAAAUUAAAUCACACACCUACAAAACCGGCGAAAAAUGACGAGUCAGAUUCCAUAUAUUAUCAUCCAAUUGUGAAGAAAAUGGUAAAUUAUAUAACCAAGGGUGGCAACAAAGAAUUGGCUAGAAAUUUGCUUGAGCAAAGUAUGGAAAAUAUUAAAAGAAUGCAGUUAGAACGUUUUCACAUCGCUUCUGCUGAUGAAAAGCUAAAAAUUAUUACGGAUCCAGAAAAGCUUUUGAUAACAGCUAUUGAAAAUUGUCGACCCAUACUACAAUUGACAGCCAUAAAAAGAGGUGGAGUCAAAUAUCAGGUUCCUAUACCAGUUUCCGAAAAAACAUCAUAUUUUCUAGCAAUGAAAUGGUUAUUGGAAGCAGCACGAGAAAAAGAUAGAAAGAUUCAUUUGCCUCGUAAACUUGCUUGGGAAGUGAUAGAUGCCGCUCAUGGCACAGGAAGAGUUGUAAAGAGAAAAAAUGAUUUGCACAUCCAAUGCGAAAAGAAUAGAGCUUAUGCUCAUUAUAGAUGGAGCUAAAUGUCAUCGACAUUAUGUUUUUAGUACAAAAAUAAAUUAUAAAAUAUAAAGUCAUCUCUUUU